UGGGGCAGGGGAAAAUGUCCCUACUCGAAUAUCUUCAGAUCCAAGCAUUGCAGAAGGACAAAAGAAGCACCACGAUGACCGGUGUGAUGAGCUGCGUCAGGUGGAGUCAGCAGCAUUCCUCUACAUGCAGUCGCUGUCGAUUUCUGGUCGAAUCAAUUUUUGGGUGGAAAAAAAGAAAAGCGUUGGCCUGAUAGCCUCACACACGUACUGCACGCGAGCCCUCAUAGUCUGUCGGCACGUCACUGUCACUGCCUGACACAUAUAUGGCUGAUACACAUCCAGACACCGAACCGCAUGUUGCCCACCCCACAUCCAGCAAAUCGGACUUACUAGUAACACAGAAAAAAGACGAACUCAUCUCUGCCCGACGCACGCUUAUCAGUCGGUCAUCUGCGUGUCUGUCGGAUAGAUGAGUUGCUUGAGCAGGGCAAUGGUGGAGUCCACUUCGCCCUCGGGGAUGUCCUGCACGCUGUAUCGGUUCUUGAUAGCGCCGGGGCCGUAGCAGUGUGCCGUCUUGGUCUUGCGCGGGCCUGACACAUCGAUGGAUGGAUGGAUGGUAAGAGACACACACACACACACACAAUCACAGGAAGGAGACACACAAAUGCAAUGCGCACAGACGGGUCGUGGAUUGGAUGUGUGAAGGAUCCUCACCGUGCACUCCGAUGAAACCGUAUCCCUGUGUGUUCUGCACCGUGUCCCAGAAGUUGGCCGCCCCGCCGUACUCGUCCAUGCAGCACCAAAGCAACACCCUCCUGUGCUGGUCCUGAACAACACACACAGACACACACACACACACACACACAGACGCCAUGCGUUCGCCCCACUCCUCUCCUCUCCUGGGGAUCGCUCCCUCCCUCCUGUCACGUCAUGCAUGUGUGGUGUGUACCGACUGACUGACCAUGAACUGCUGUCCGGUGAACGUCCCCGUGCUGCUCUUCUCGGAGAGCUGCAGUGCGGCGAGCAGCAGGAUCUGCAUGCUUCUGUCCACGGCAUGGAUGGACACCCUGCUCUCACGCCCCGCCUGCGCCGCUGCCGCCACCUCAGCCAUCCCGAUCUGCAUGGUGGCACCUGCACCACCACGAUCGGCACUGGCACCAGCCGCGGCAGCCGCUGCAGCGGGUCCGGGUGAGCCGCGGCGGCGCGAUGACCGACGAGAGGCUGGGGCGAGGGCCACCGACGACGAGCGGGGAUUGGGCUCUUGCAACUCCUGGCUCAAGUUCUCGAUGCGCGCACCCAGGGCGGUCCUGACACACGCAGAGAUAGACACACACAGAGAGGAAUCAGAGUGGAUGGGCGGCAUUCACUCGUCUCUCUUGUGUGCUCCGUGUCGCUCGUUGCUGUGCUGUGCUGUGUGACAAACCUGGCCAUGCCCAGUGUCUUGCGAGCGUCGCCCUUGUGCUGGAUGGCCGCCUUCUUACACAUCAACGCCACAGCGUUCCGCGACGUGGCAGUCAUGCGAACCCCACCGCGACCCCCCGUCCGAUCCCCAAACUCACCCCCCUCCCCGUCCGCCUCCCCCUCCCCCUCCCCCUUGUUGUGCGUGUGUGUCGCCUUUACGGCCCUCCCCACCUCCGCCUCAUCCUUGAGCCGCUUGGGGCCGUCCUGGUCGCCCUCACACGCACUGGUGGAGGUGCGGCUGUUCUUGCGCUUGUUUCUGCGGCCGGCUCCGGCGGGUGGGUCGUCGGCGGACGCCAUGUGUGUGUCGGUGGGGCCGGGUGGGGGAGGGGGCGGGGCCUGUUUGUCGAUGCGGCUCUCUACGAUCUGCUGCAGCUGGGCGGAUGUGUACUCCUUGAACUCGAGAACCUGCGGGUGCACUGGGGGAAGGAGGGAGGGAGGGAGGGAGGGAGGGGAGACAAAGGGGAGAAAGGAGAGGAUGUGUCUGAAUUUGUGUCAUUUGCUGUAUUGUAUGUGUGGAUGUGAUGGUUACGGUGUGGUUCCAGUUUCCCCUUGAGCGAUCCCAGCGGGGCAUUUGAAAUGCCUGCAUCCAUCCAUCCAUCCAUCCAUCCGCAGACAGAGAGGAGAGGAGGAAGGUGCGCUAUUGUCUCGCUGGUUUGUGUGCGUUGAUAGCAUCUGCGAUGCGUGUGGCGUACCGAUGAGGAUGAGUUUGGACUUGGGUUCCGUGGCGAGGCGGAAGAGCUGCGCGUGGAGGUUGUGCUGCACCGUGCCGGAACGCAUCACCUUAUGUGUCGCGAUCCGAUCAAACUCGUCCAAUACCACUACACUGCACACACAUAUGCAACGCGGAGAAGCACGUGGACAAAGCUACCUACCUUUCUUGCCCCACCCAUACAUACCCCCCACCCACAUCCCGACCACCACGCAUCCGUACCAUGUCUUGCGUUUUGCGUGGAUGCGCUGCUUGAGUAUCUCGUACAUGGCGCUCUGGUUCUUGGCGGCCUUGAGCUGCUGCUUGGCCUUGGGGUUCAGGUCGACCUUGUCUGCCAGCUGCGCGAGUAUGGCGGUAAAUGCUCCGUCGUCCAUGGCGUUGAUGAGGCGGGGCUUGCUGCCCGUCACGCCCUCCAGCGCACGCGUCACACAGAGGGUCUUGCCGCUGCCGGGCGGCCCCCACACAUACAGACAGCCGUGGCCAUCCUGAUGAUACGCCCUGAUCAACAAAACAGAUGGAUGCAUUCGUGGGGAAUGGGGGGCAGAAGGGCAAGAAGGGCUGUGCUGCCCUCUGUGUGCUCCUUACUCUUUAAGGAAUUGCUCCAGCGUGUCCAUUUCUUGCUCUCGCGCCACUACUGCUGGUCCUCCCGGCUCGUCGCCCUCCCGGUGCAGCGCGCCGCAUGCCCUCUUGAGGGCGGCAACCUCACGCGCACUACCAGUGGCCAUCUACCUCUGCAGCCAUUGCAGAACCGAACCGUGGAAAAGGAUGCAGCAUCGCGUGUGUGCACGAGAAGGAGGGAUGAGGACACGAAUGCAUUCGAUUUGCAUAGUUGGCUUUUUCGGUGGCAGGGCUGACCUCAGAGCAUGGAGAUGGGUCUACAAUAGCGAUAGAAAGGCCUUGAUCGACAAAGGGAGCCUCACAACCCGGAA